CUUAGCUUCUGCCUCGGCACCAGUCGUGUUUAAAAUGGGUGUUUUCUGAUUAGUUUUUGAAUUGGAUAUUACGAUUUCGGUUCCUGGCCAUUCCACACUGUAGUGUUCUAGUGGAAAUAGUUAUGUUUCACAUAAUCGUGUGGUACAAGGUGAACUCUGCCUGUAAAAGAUAGAACUACAAAACUUUUCAUCUGUGACAUUUCCUUCCCAAGUUAGAAGUUAAUUUGAAAAUAUUGGAACAAGUAAUGCUUUGGUAACUUACGGUGACCACAAUAAGGAGCGCGGGUCGCCGCGGGCGAGUGAUGGGGGCAAGCGAGGCCGGGGGCAGGGUGAGCCCUCCCCAGGGUGUGCCCUGAGCGCCCCCGCCGCCCACGCCCGCCCCGCCCUCGCCGCCGCCGCCAUGGCUACAGAUUGCGGCGUUCCUGGGCGGCGCUUUCUCUGUCGCGAGUGGGCGUGGGCUAAGUUAUGGGCGUGCCUGGAGCAGCGGCCUGCGGCCAAGACGUGCGGGGCCUUGCUCGUGGGCGGCCCCGGCACCGGCAAGACCGCGCUCUGCACGGAGCUGGUCACGCCCACCGCCUCGCACGGACGCCACGCUAGUGCGCUGCAGGCUCGGCUGCUGGCGCACCACUUCUGCCACGCCCACAACGCCGCCUCGCUGAGCGUAGGAUGCUUCGUGCAUUCCCUAGUGGAGCAGCUGGCGGAGUCGCCGCUGCUGGCGGGCUACGACGCCAAGGUGCAGGCCGCGGACGUGCGCAGCGCCCUGGAGCCGUGCGCGCUGCACGCCAAUCCCGAUGAGGCGCUCAAGCGCGCCGUUCUGUUCCCGCUGCUGGAGUUGGACCCGCCGGAUCGUACGCUGCUGCUGGUGGUGGACAGCAUCGAUGAGACGGAUCUGCAGCCGCCGUCGACCGCCGCGCCGCGCGACGCCAACCUGGCCGACGCCAACAACAGCGGGCCUUCGCGUAGCAUCGCCGAGCUCCUGGCGACACACCACCAUCUGCUGCCGCAGUGGCUCCUGCUGGUGGUGACCGCGCGCCGCACCUCGCGCUCCGUCAUCCGGCAGUUCGCUGGCUUCAGGAAGGUCGCGCUGGACGACCUGCGGCGCGGCCACGUGGUGCGCGAUGUGCAGCAGUACAUUCUGUGCCGCCUAGACCGCGAGCCGGCGCUGCGGCACCACCUGUCGCGCGAGACGGCGGAGAUGCUCAACCAGCUGCACAUCAAGAGCAACGGCUGCUUCCUGUACCUGGAGCGCGUGCUGGACGGCGUGGCGGAGGGCUGGGUCACGCUCAGGGAGAUCCGCCACAUCCCCGGCACGCUCAACGGCCUGUACCUGUGGCUGUGCCAGCGUCUGUACCCGCGGCGCCACUUCCAGCGCGUUAUGCCCCUCCUGGCGGCGAUCCUGGCCGCGCGCGCGCCGCUCUCGCCUGAGGAGCUGCGCCGCGCCGUGGAGACGCGCCUGCCGGACCUCGCCGACGAGGACUGGGCCAAGCGCUGGUCCCUGCUGCGCCGCGUGCUGGCGCCCGACCAUGAGCUGCGCGUGCUGCUGUUCCACCACAGCUUCGCCGAGUGGCUGCUCGACGUGAAGCACUGCACGCAAAAGUACCUGGUGGACGUGGCGGACGGCCAUGCAAUGCUAGCCAUGUGUCUCUCCAUGGACGCGCCCAGCCUCGACGUGACGCAGGUUCACCAGCUGGCGCUCCACCUCUCGCGCAUCCACGUGAAGCCACCUCUCGAACAUUUCCACCUGCCGCUGUGGAUGGUGUCGUGCGGCGCGCCCCUGGAGCAGUGCCGUGACUUGCCGCCCCCGCGCGACCCGAGGGCGCUGAGGAUCCUGCAGGAGGCGGGCGCUUCCCUCCCGGAUGACCAACCCAAUGAGGAUGACGAAGAUGACGACGACGACGAGGAUGAAGAGGAUGACGAGGUGGACGAGGCCGGUGACGAGGAAGGGCCGCCCACGGAGGUGAGGUACGAGGAGCUGGAGCAGGAGGAGGAGGAAGAGGAGGAGGGAGAGGUGGAGGCCGAAGUGGAGGCCGAGGUGGAGGUGGUGGCCAACGAGAAUCAGGAGGAAGGCGAGGUAGAGACAGACUUGCAGGAGCAGGAAGUGAAAGGGAAGGAGGAAGAGCAGGAGGAGGUGCAGCAGGAGACCCUCGAGGAGCUGGCGUGCGAGGUGGACCUUUUGCAGAUGAAGGAACAGUCGAUGGAGAAGGAGGAGAAGGAGAAGGAUCAAGUCGAGGAGGAGCGGCUGCGGCAGCUGGAGGCCGAGAGUCGGGACUACGAGGAGGAAAAGGAUGAAGAGUACGUGACGAUGGUGCCGCUGCCGGGUCACUUCGUGGGCGAGGGCACCACGGGCGGCCGCAGCACGGAGGGAGUUAGCACGGGCCGCCACAGCACGAACAGCCGGAUAAGCACGGGCGGGCGCCAGAGCACGGGAGGCCGUCAGAGUACGGGCGGCCGUCAGAGCACAGGGGGACGCCAGAGCACGGGCGGGCGACACAGCAGCACGAGCGGGCGCCACAGCAGCGACCACAGCAGCAGCAGCAGUCGUCGGCGCGAGCGUCGUCGCCGGCGACACCGCGAGGACCCUCUCUACCCGUACCUUCGCGGCGGCCCGGUGGACCAAGUGGACAGCGGCGGCCGCUCCCUCUUGCACAGCGCGGCGCACCAGGGCGACGCUUCGCUGGUGCGGCUCCUGCUGGAGCGCGGGGCGUGUCUGGGCCUGCAGGACAGGGCGGGGCAGACGCCGCUCAACCUGGCAGCGCGACACGGCCACGCAGAGGUGGUGGCCACACUGUUGAGCGCGGGGGCCGACCCCGACCACGCGGACGCCGACGGCUGGACAGCGCUGCGCUCGGCAGCCUGGGGCGGCCACACAGGCGUGGUCACGGCGCUCUUGGCCGGAGGUACGCAGGUGGAUUUGGCCGACGGCGAUGGGCGGACGGCGCUGCGGGCAGCCGCGUGGGGCGGCCACGAGGACGUGGUUGCCGCGCUGCUGCGGCACGGAGCGGCGGUGAACCGCGCCGACAGCGAGGGGCGCACACCGCUCAUCGCCGCCGCCUACAUGGGCCACUCGGAGAUCGUGGAGAUGCUGCUGGACGCGGGCGCAGACGUCAACCACCAGGACGUGGACGGCAGGACGGCGCUCAGCGUGGCGGCGCUCUGCGUGCCGGCCAGCGAGGGCCACGGCAGCGUCGUCAUGACUCUGCUGGAACGCGAUGCUGUCGUCGACCACCAGGACCACGACGGCCUCACGCCGCUGCUUGUCGCCGCCUUCGAGGGACACACGGAGGUGUGCGAGCUCCUUCUGGAGUACGAGGCGGAUGUAGACCACGUGGAUCGGUCUGGCAGGACUCCACUCUUGGCGGCGGCGUCGAUGGGGCACGCGGCGGUGGUGGAGCGCCUACUGUUUUGGGGCUGCUAUGUGGACCACAUCGACGCCGAGGGCAGGACGGUGCUCAGCGUGGCGGCCGCGCAGGGCUCGCAGGAGACCGUGCGACUACUACUUGACCGCGGGCUCGACGAGACGCACCGCGACAACGCCGGGUGGACGCCGCUGCACUACGCCGCCUUCGAGGGCCACUGCGAAGUGUGCGAGGCGCUGGUGGAGGCGGGCGCGCGCGUCAACGAGGUGGACAACGACGGCAAGCACGCGCUGGUGCUGGCCGCGCAGGAGGGCCAUGCAGCCGUGGUGGCGUCGCUGCUGGACGCGGGCGCCAACAUCCACCACACGAGCCACGACGGGCGGUCGGCGCUGCGCGUGGCGGCGCUUGAGGGCCACAAGGAUGUGGUUCACCUCCUGCUGUGCCGGGAGGCGGACCUGCACUACAAGGACGCCGACGGGCGGUCAACACUGUACCUGCUGGCCUUGGAGAACCGACUGGACAUGGCGCGCUUCCUGAUGGAGAGCAACGCCGACGUGGAGAGCACGGACCUGGAGGGCCGCACGCCCCUGCACGUGACUGCCUGGCAGGGCCACGCCGACAUGGUUGCUCUCCUCCUGCAGGGGGGUGCGCGCGUGGACGCGGUCGACAAGGAGAACCGGACGCCGUUGCAGAGCGCGGCCUGGCAGGGCCACGCGGAGGUGGUCCGCUUGCUGCUCGAGCACGGCGCCAACGUGGACCACACCUGCUCGCAGGGCGCUACGGCGCUCAGCAUCGCGGCGCAGGAGGGCCACGAGGCCAGCGUGGCCGUGCUGCUGCAGUAUGGCGCCAACCCUGCGCACUCGGACCGCUGCGGGCGCACGGCCAUCAAGGUGGCACUCAAGGGCGGCCACAUCCACGUAGCGCGCAUGCUGGAGGAGAGCCUGAUUCAGCAGCAGCAGGCGGGCGGCGUGGGGCGAGGCUUGGCGGCGCCCUCGUCCGUGGGCUCAGGCUCCACGGCGGAGACCAAGCCGUGCUCGGCGCUGCUGUGCCCGGGCCUGACGGCCUCGCCGGCGGAGUCGCCCGAGUCCACCUUCGAGAAGCGGCGUUCCGUGGCGUCCCUCGGCCAGCACUCGUCCUCCAAGUCCUCCGGCAACCUCACCACUUCCACACAUUCCUCGGGCGGCCCGCGCGCCCCCACGCCACGCGAGGCGCACCUGCAGCAGCACCAACAGCCUCUGGCGCCGCCCGCUCCGUCGGCGCCCCCUGCGUCGGCCAUGUCGCCUGUUCUCAGCUUCACGCAGCAGCUGCAGCAGUGCGGUCGAGGGCGCGGGCGGCGUCACCCUCCCCCGCCGCAGCCCGCCCUUACCCCCCUCGACGAACCCGCGUCGCCGCUCUACGCCUCUCCGCCGCUGUCGCCGCUGAGCGACGGUCCUGGCGGAGGGCGACACCUGCCGGCGGGCGCCAUCCUGGAGGACGACUACACCGUGCCCCUUCAGCACUCCGCGGUCAGGCCGCCGCGCCCUUCCGCGCCCCCCGUCAGCAUCACGCCAGAGAUCGGCCGUCGAGGCGGCGGCGUGCUGAGUGGCGGCGGCGGAGGCGGCGUCGUGCCCGGGCUGGGCAGCAUCCCCGGCAUGGGCGUGAGCGUGCCGGGCGUGGGCGGCGCAGGCUCGCCCGGCUCCUCCGGCUUCACCUUCACUCAGGACCAGCACAUGCGCAUCAUCCUGGGCACGCGAUCCCCCGAGCCGCGCCCGCGCCGCAAUGGCAUCGUCACCAACCCCAGCCUUAAGGCCGCUCAUGCGAAGGCCGCCCACCUCCUCAGGAACGGCCUCAGUGGUCGCCCUCGACAGCCGCCAGCGAGGCCCAACGGCCUGCCGCUCAAGAAGGAAACGCCGCUAUGACCAAAGACGAGGAUGGAAUGCAGUGAUUCCCGGCCACAGCACCAAGGAUUCCCAUGAAGAUGCACCACUGUUUCUACCGACUACUGAUAAAAAAAAUAUUGUCCACCUGAAGAGCAGAAAGAUAUCAUGGACAAGCUUAGAUGCCUCAGGAGUGACAAGAAAAGGACAGAUGACUAGUGUUCUUACCAUAGACAAGCCUCUUGGCAACAGAUACUUACAAAUAAGAUUGUUUCUGGUGUGGGUCAAAGAAAGCUUCAGAGGACAAGAAAGAUUCAGGAAAAGUGAAUGAAAUUACAAAGCAGGCUUUCUUACCAAGACUUGUAGGACAUGAGAAAAUGCUGCUGCCAUGUCAGUUCUCUGUUAAUGGUAAUAACUUGUAUCACAAUAGUGGAUAACUAUUUACAGAACAGACAUGACCAUGAUGAGGAUGAGUGCAACAAAGCAGUGAUAUAGUAACAGUGGUGACAUCUUUAGUGUCAUAAUGAGAUUCAUAAGCACUUGCAUGAAGUUCAGGUUAAUGAACCAUAGAAAGUGUAUGUGUUUGCAAAACAAGGAAGGGUACCCUCACCCAUGUGACUGGAAAUUUGUAGUUUAUUAUAUAAUUUUUCUUUUUGAACUUGAAAAUUAUAACACAUUAUUUUCUGUUUUAGUAAUGAGUGAAGGUGAAUACUGGUCAUGGAAGAAAGGGAAAGAAAAAAAUGCAGAGGAAGUUGACUGGUAACAUUUGCAAACACAACUUUGGAUCUCUGUGUCACAUUUACCGUCCUGGUGCCAAGAUAGUGACAAUGCUCAGUACAGUGUUUUAUCCACUUGUCUGAGACCCCACACCAAAGUUUGUGCAAGGUUGGCUUGUAUGUCAGUUUGAAAUCAAGAUAAAUUUCCCCCUCACUGUAAUUAUGUUCGGCUGAAUGCAAAUUUCAGAUUCCUCAGUUCUCAAAUCUAAGACAAAAUAGGACACAGGAUGCAGAUUAGAAGGAUGUGAUUAUGAAUGAAAUAAUGGUAAUUUUUCUUAAUUUUAUUUUAUCUUUUUUUCAUAAUUCACAGAAUGCAUGAAAAGUGAUAAGUCUUAAUCAAGAUCUCAAAGUGGUAUACAAGCACAUCCACGUGUGUAUUGUUGCCUGUUGUAUCCCAACUGUAUAUAGCGGAACCUAUCCUAGUCGUGUAGUUCACUGUGCUGUACUCACAAUGUGCAUUUGUAAAAAGUAUUCUCCAGCACAUGUACAGUUAGCAACAUAACCUUUCAUGAACAUAUUACAGUGUGCGAUGUAAUAAUGUACAGCUCUAUAACUACGAUAAUCUAAGAAUUUGGUUAGUGUAAUAUGAUAUUAAAAGGAGAACCAUGUCGCUGUGUGGUAAAAGAUUUUGUUUCAGCCAAUUUGAUUUUCCUUGCACACAUAAGGAAAAAGAAUAAGACUGCUUUUGUUAAGUAAAAGGUGUUUGUUUCCAUGAUUUUGCUGAAGUUGUUUAAUAAGAAAAAUAAAUGUCAUAGCAAAUUUCAGUAAUACACAUUACUUUUUUACUGUAAGGAUAUAUAUACCAGUGUGCACAAAUAUUUGGUACAUACUAAUUGCUGUGAAAGUAUUUCUACUGAAUGGAAAAAGAAAGUGUACAUUUUAUGAUUUUUGAUUGUCUUUCACUAAUACUUGACAUGUAUAGGUAAAAUAACAGUCCUGAUAUUUGUAAUAAAUCAGUUUUUGCAUUAAGUUAUUAUUUUUUUGGAAGAGUAGAAAUUGAAGGUACAUUUUGUAAUAAUUAAAUUACUUAGGGCAAAAUCUUAAGUAUGCUUAAUUGCAACUGUAGUGUUCACUGUAUCAUUUUGCUUAAAUUGUAUAAAUCAUGAGUGAGAAGCCUUGUUCUUUAUCAUUUGAUAUGUAUCUCAUUUGAUAUUGUUUAUCUUAGCUCUUACCAGUGAAGCAGUAAUGGAAAAAAACUGACUCACAUUAGGCAGUAGAUUGGUAUUGUGUUAAUCACCUUUUUUUCUAUUUUGUGCUAUUUAUGCUAAGAACAAAUUUUGUAUGUGUGGGGAAAAAUAGUUUAUUUAUUCAUUAUUUCACUAUGUAUAACAAACUAGCAAUAUAUUUAUAUGGUUAGUCUGUAGUGAAAAAAAGUGCUCAGAGUAAAAAUGAAAACAGUUAUAUCAAUUUACUUUAUAGUGUCACAAAACAUUAAUGGCAGUUGCUGUCAUGGAAAUGUAAGAUUCUAAAAAAGGUGGAUACUUCUGUAGACCAGGUCGCUACAAAACUUUGUAAUACAGCCAAUUUAUUGUGCUAAGAAUUAGAGUUGUAAUAGGUUCAGUUUUCAGGUAUAUUUUAAAAUGACAAGAAGCAUAUAAUCAUUCUAAGAGCUCAUUUGUUUAUGGUAGCAUCUUAGACCUUAACAUUGCUUUUUCAGUACCUACAAACUCUGAAAAUAAUGGUUUGUUUAGUUAUGCUACCAUAAGCUUCAUUUGGAAACUAAUUAAAACAGUGAUAUGGUAAACUAUUUUGACUAGUCACUUCUGACAUUUGACUAUUUGGUCAGACUGAUGAAGAAGGCCUUGUUGAUAUUGUGUGAUGUAAGUCCUUUCCAUUGUAGUAAGGCAUUGGAUGGUGUAUUCCCUGCAGUUUGAUUCUUUAUUUGCCUUAUGAUAAGCAUCUGAUAAGCAGGCUUUAGUUUAGAUUGUGAAGAACAUUUUUCCUAAUUUAAUGUUAAUUUACACAAUGCAAGUAAGUUUGUGUUCAUAUCUGAAUAUGCAUUUUGUAGUCUGUAUGUAUGAGUGUCUUCAUCUGUAGACUUGUUCUAUGGAUUUACCCUGUAUUUAUUUUGUACAGUAUUUUGUAAUAUGUAAAGCUUAUUUCCUUACAUGUUACAUGUUGUAGCAGCAGUAGCUUAGCUUCAAAAGUUCAGGCCAGCUUUAAUAUCUUUUUGUUGUAUUUUAUUGUAAGGACUUAUGAUUGUUCACUUUGGACAUAUCAUUUCUGAUGAUCUGUUAUGGUGACAAUGCCAGAACCAUACUGCCAAGACUGCAGUGUGUUCUACUCUCUUGGUACUGUAUUAUUGAUGAUACAGUACAAUAUAAUACAAGGAAGUGAAGAGUAACUUACACCCUUUUUUUAGCAGGUUUGUCUCAAUAAAUAUCGCUGGGGCAUGUGGACUAUAAAAUGCUCAAGCUUUGUAUCUAAACACAUUUUCAGUUGGUGCUUCAGGAAAAAAAAAAAAUUGUUAUUCAAUUCUUGUUGUAUUAAGUAGGUCAGUUGUAAUGGCCUAUCAUACUGGCAUGUAGUCAGUAUUAGACACACACAAAAAAACAAACAAAACAGGAUAAUUUACUGUGCAUCAUGUAUCACUAUGUUUGCAUAAUCAAUGUUCCAUGUAGAAUGAAGGAAAGUAUUUUACAAAAAAGUGAAAGAAACAGUUAAGACAAAACUAUCGUGAGUGAGUGUUCCCACUAAUAACUGUAAAUCAGGAUUACCAACAUAUUUUGUCAGAAAGCAUUCUACUGAUUGAUGCUAACACAAGUUAAAUUUUCCAUUCAGUUAAACUUUCAGAAUUAGGGAUUUCUUGCAAUUUUUUAUAGACAUUAAUAUUAUUAUUAUUAUUAUUAUUAUUAUUUUUUUUUUUUUUUUUUUUUUUAUACCUCAAGACAUUUUUUUGUUCCAUAUAUUGCACUUCUCUCUCUUGAGUGAUACUAUUAAAAAGCUAUAGUGCAGAAAUACUGCUCUUUCUGUUAAUGUAGCCUUUGGCUGUAAUCCUGUUUAACGAUAUGUAUUGUUAGACAUUACUUGAUGUAAUUCCAAGAACAGUGAAUAAAUGAUAAUCCUGU